AUGCGUGCGAUACCCAUUGCCCAGUUCCGCAUGCGGAUGUACGACGGCACCAAGCACCACAUCAGGGUCGUCUCUCCGACACCGAGUACAGGGCCAGUGGCGAUCGUGGAGGCCAGCAAGAGCAAGUACGAAGUGCACGUUGCAUCAUCCAUGCGCGCGUACUGCUUGCAGCAGCACCUGGCCGACGACUCAGUCCGCACCAUGACUUUCGCAGUUCACGAGCCCACGCUGCUGCAGAGCGGUGACGGCACAGGCGCUGAAUACAUCACCGCGUUCAUGAACCACAUUGGAGACACAGCAUUAGAUAAGAAGUUAGACGAUACAUUUCACCGAUCAGUGGAUUUGAUCAUUAGCGACGAAGCUGGAGCAAACAUCAGGUACGAGAACGGAGUUCGGAGCCGACACCCGGCCAGAGAUUCAUUACACCUAGUCUGCGAUGCCCACAAGAAAGCGAAGGUGGCGACAUUGGGCUCGGCUGCGCAGGGCCAGGUCAGCACUCGCAUCAUCCGCCUCCAGCUGAGCCUGCGCGGGAACAUGAUGGGCCUUCGACACGCCAUGCGAGAACUCAUCAGAGAAAGGCUGGUCAUAAUCCACGGCGCCUGCAGUGACUUGGAGGCUUCUCGGCAUCGCUCCGACGUCAUCGACACCUUCAUGCCGAUCGAGCGCGCAGAGGACGUGCGCAUGCGAGAGGUAGUGCGCAAUCUCUUCAACGGCGACUGGCGCAGGGCUGACAGGAUCGAGCACUAUGUGAACGGAUGCUGUCGAAGUCGGGCUCAGACAUUGCGCAUCAUGAUGACCGUCGGCGCGCGGGCGCUCACGAGGCGCCUGGCCGACGUGAUGGACAGGAGCAAUUGGACGGGGUCUCAUUAUUCAGUUUGCGGGCUUGGGUUGGCAACGUUUGUGCACAACAUUUUCCCGAGUGCGUAUUCUACAUAUUUCGCUGGAGUUGCCAGCGGCGCAGCGGAUCCAGAGGAGCCAGCGGUCGAUCGGGCCGUUGAUUCUGGAGCCGACGUGGACGAGCCGAAGGACCCGAGCGUGUGGCGAGAGGAGAACAAGUCCCGACAGACGCAAACGUUGUCUUGGCUGCAGAGCGGUUGCUUCCGCGAUGACAUUUACUUGUUUUCGAGGUCCGAGGUGCGUCAACAGAAGAAGUUGAUCGAUAGCGGCUCCAGGGAUUACCCGAUUUGGGCCGCCAGUGAUGCCAAGCAGGUUGCGAAGUUCACGAAGCAGAUGACGGCUCUCAUCUUCGACGACGGCAGUUGGCCCCUGGCGACCAUGGUGGCGGAGAGUUCCCAGCUCGACGCGCGCCUUGCAUGCUCGAGGCCGGCAGCGGCCGCUUGCGAGCUCGUGGAGGUCAGGCACAGGAAGACCCCGCACAAGACGUUCAACGUGCUGAGGGGCGACGGCGCCACAGAAGAGCACCUGACCAACACCAGCGAGUGCGCCCUUGAUACCUACACGGCGCCCUGGAAGGAGUACUGCAGUUCCCGCGGUGGGAUCGGCGGCAGGAUGGCGAAGGCCGGGCUUGCGGGGAUUCUCCCGCUAAUGACAACCAGCGCUGCCUUCGCCGAGCGCACUCACAGCGAGAACCUGCAGCAGAGCGAGGACAGCAAGUUUUCUUGGGGCACCGACCUGCCAUCGAUGAGCGGCCUCGCCCUUUUCAGGCAACGCUUGAAGUGGCAGACGGCUAUAUUCCGCGGGCUGCCCAAGGCCGCCGCCGAGGAGGAGAACGUGAGCGGCAACCGUGCGAAGAUUUGGCAGCUGCCGCGCUGCAGGAAUAUCGGAAUGGGCGACCUGCAUUCGGGAAGCCGCCGCGACGGAGCUCGCCCGCCGACCGUGCGCGUGGUCGACGACGAUGCCCCCAACGGAGUCGCCCUGGCCGACGGCGAGCAGGACGCGGCGUCGUCGGUCUUCGAGAGCCCCAUCUUCAAGGCUGCGACCGUCAAGCUCAUGGCGCACAAGAGGGCCGCGGCUGCCACCAGGCGUUCUGGCCAGGCGGCGGAGGCGGACCUGAGGGCACGAUCCAACGCAGAGGCUGGUCGGCAUGCCAGGGACUGGUAUUUCAUUGGGAACGAUGCUUCUGCUGCCGACGAGCGGCCCGCUGACUUAGUCAUCCAGCGCUCCACGUUGCCGACGGCCGUGUGCAUGCGGAGGCGCGAGUCUGUGAUGUCCGAGGUCCUGAGGGUUCUCGACACCAGCAGCGUGGAGGUGGAGUCUGCCAAGUGGAUUGCCAAGCGUGCGCACGCGCGCGAGGGGCCUACCCAGAUCUCCAAGACCUUCAAGCACAAGUUGACCGUUGUGUGGCGCGUGGUGGAGCACGCCGUCGGGGAGAAGCUCUUCAAGGCAAUCAUGGUGGCGAACAAAUACGUGAUCAGCUUCUCGUUCAGGAAGGCCCCUGCAAUGUGUUCGCAUGAUGUCGUGGCGGGGUCUGGCUUGGAAGUGGUUCCUGCGGGCGACGAGGUCACGCUGUUCUUCCACGUCGCGCUGCACUACGCUACCCCUUGGAGGCCGACGUUCAUUUCCAUGGAUCGUGAACCAUCCCAAGAUCGCGAAAGCUGCUUGGGCCUGUCACCUACCAAGGAGCUCGACGGCCCCGACGCCACCUUGGGCAGGUGCAUCUUGUCGGAGCUGACGACGGCGUGCUUCCAGGACUCCUGGGACAAACGGCCGUUCCAGGUGUGGUGGUACGAGCUCUUCGCAGAUGGCCGACAGGUCGCGCAGUUCAAGCCCGCGUUGCAACGAGUGCGGGAUCGACCGAUCGUGGAGUGCGACCUGUGGUCUGGCGACGAGGACGGCCGCGACCCCGAGCUGCUCGAGGAUGGCGCCGUCGAGGGUGACGCCGGGGAGUCCGAGUCUGACGGGCUUGCGCCGAUGGUGCCUGCGACGCCGAUGGGGUCCGACGAGGAGUGGGGCCUCUUUGGGCCGUCCGACUGCGAGGGCGGCCCCGACGCCGCCGCCGCCAUUCCACGCUUGGGGGGCGGCGACGGCGACGUCGCAGCUGAGCCGCAGCCGCGCGCUGAGUCCCCUGAGACAGUGCCGCCGCCUCCAGAGCAUGAUUGCAUCUUCCAGGGUCGAGCGCUUGCCUUGGCAAUUUUCCACACCGAGCACGGCAGCAUUCGCUUCUACAUCCGAACGUGCCGCUUCACGGCCGAGUGCAGACGGGGGGCGCACCUCGAGCAUGGGAAUUGCGUGCUCUCUCGCACCAGCAGGCCUAGUGCGGUGCCUCACCGCGCUGGCCAGGGCAGGCCGCUCGGCUUAUUGUUUGCUUGGCUGCUGGAGGACUCCUGUGUCAGCCAGCACGAGCACGUGCAUAUGUUUCACCCCACCUUGGCGGCGAGGCGCGAGGCGAGGCGGCAGUUGCUCGCGCUCGCCGCUGGUGGAGACAUGACUGUAC